CAUCAUCAAACUCUCUCACAACACAACACAACACAAAACACAGAGUCACAACAAAAACAAAAACCAAAGUUCAAAUUCAAAAACCCAAUCUGCUGCCUUCUCUUCCCAACGUUCUAAAAUGGCUUUUCAAAACCAUUUCCCAAUCUUCGCUUCAUUCCUCCUCCUCCUCCUCCUCCACCUAUCUACCCUUCCAAAUCCUUCCUUGGCCACGACGCGCAAGUUAACCAGUCUCUUCACGCAACCGGCGCUCGUGCUCGAUUACCACAACGGCCCGCUUCUCAAAGGCGACCUCCGCGUCGACAUCAUCUGGUACGGGAGUUUCUCCUCUCACCAGCACUCCAUAAUCACGAAUUUCAUCCGAUCCUUGGGUUCCGGGAGCGCGUCGCCGCCGUCGGUCGCGUCCUGGUGGCAAACCACCGCGAACUACAAGGGCGGCCCGUCCAACAUUGUCCUCGGGAAACAAACCGUCGACCAGAACUGCUCGCUGGGGAAAUCGCUCACUUCAUCUCAAGUCCUCGACCUGGCAUCCAAGCCGCCGUACAAGAACCGGAUUAAGGUCGUGCUGACGGCGGCCGACGUCACCGUUGACCAGUUCUGCAUGAUCUGCGGGUCCCACGACUUCGGGUACGCGAAGCCGAAGGUCAACCGGGGCAAGUUCGCCUAUGCCUGGGUGGGCAACCCGGCGAACCAGUGCCCGGGUCAGUGCGCCUGGCCGUUCUACCGGCCAGAGUUCGGACCCCAAACCACGCUGGUGGCUCCCAACGGCGACGGGGCACUCGACGGAAUGGUGAUCAAUUUGGCAACGGUUUUAGCGGGUGUGGUGACGAACCCGUUUAACAACGGUUACUAUCAGGGUCCCCAAGGGGGCUUGGAGGCCGUAACGGCGUGCGCGGGGUUGUACGGGCCGGGGUCUUUUCCGGGGAAUGUGGGUUCGGUCAUGGUGGACCCGGCUACGGGUGCAAGCUAUAACGCGCAAGGGGUGAACGGAUGCAAGUACCUGUUGCCGGCGAUGUGGGACCCGGUAACCUCCGCGUGUUUAACGAUCGUAUGAUCGCCGGCGUACAUGGUUCGAUCCGCAAUCUUUGUAAAAUUUACUUAGUUCAUACGAUUCUUUUAUCCCAAAUCUCCUGGAUAUAAAAUUAGCAUAGUGUUGUUUGUUUUCCACGGAAGAAAAAUAGAGUGAAAAGGGAAAAAGUGUGCAAUUUCGUGUGCAAGCUAUCGCUUGGACGGCUGCGUGUAAUCUGUAAAUUAGAUCUACCAAUAUACGGUACUACUAUCAUUUUCCUUAAUUAA